GGAGGAUCGAUCACAUGCAUGCAAGUGUAGACAUCCCCAUACGUGUAAGCAUGUAACAGUCCAUGUUUGUAGGCAGCCAAGGCCACGAUGCGGAAAGAAUGGUCCCCUUUGGCUAAAGAUGUCACGAUAUGAGACAAACCCUCACGCCGAUCUGCUCAGCUCAAUGUCCCAUCUCUCUCCUUCAUCUUCUGAUCUGACGCCGCGACCUUCGAUCUUCUCCAGCUCCGACGCCGACGACCUGGAUCCUGCACUGCGUACCUCACGAUGAGAACCGGCGGCUGGAGAUCAGCCGUUUUUAUAAUAGGCAAGUCAAAGGUUUCAUUGAUCAGUUCAUCGAUCAUAUAGUACUCAUACGGAUCGAUCGAUGGGUGUGUGCAUGCAUGCAGCGGCGGAGAUCGGCGAGCGCUUCGCUUUCUACGCAGUGGCCUCAACUCUGAUCACCUAUCUAACGGGACCCCUGCAAGAGGGAAUCGCGGCCGCGGCUGCCGCCACAAACGUGUGGAACGGCACGGCGCUGAUGCUGCCCCUGCUGGGCGGCGCCAUUGCUGACCUGUGGCUGGGAAGAUACCUCACCAUUGUCUUAGCGUCACUCCUAUACAUCCUGGGUUUAGGCCUGCUGGCCGUGUCAACCGUGGUUGGGGGGCAGCACUGCGACGCUGCCGCCCACACCGCCGGUGAGAAGUGCCCGCCGCCGCCCGCCGCCCAGGUGGUCCUGUUCUACGUGUCGCUCUACGUGGUGGCCGUGGGCGAGGGCGGGCACAAGCCGUGCGCGCACGCGUUCGGCGCCGACCAGUUCAGCGGCAGCGACCCGGGCGAGUCCGUCUCCAGGGGCGCCUUCUUCAACUGGUGGUACUUCGGCGUGUGCGCCGGCACCGUCGCCACGCUCCUGGUCGUCAGCUACGUGCAGGAGAACCUCGGCUGGGGCCUCGGCUUCGCCGUCCCGUGCGCCGUCAUGGCGUGCGCCCUCGCCGUGUUCCUGCUCGGUACGAGGACGUACCGGCACACCGGCGACACGGUCGGGACGCGGAACGGCCUGUUCGCUCACGCCGCCGAGGCUUUCGCUGGCUGCUGGCGUCGGCAGCGACGUAGCAGCAGCAGCAGCAGAGUCGAUGAGGAAGCGCAGGUGGCGACGACGAACACAGCCGUCCUCCUGGUCAGCGAAACCAAGGACGUCCUCCGUCUGUUGCCGAUAUGGGCGACAACGCUGGUGUACGCCGUGGUGUACUCGCAGUCCAUGACGUUCUUCACAAAGCAGGCGGCGACGCUGGACCGGCGCGUGGGCGAGCUGGCCAAGGUGCCGGCGGCGGCGCUGCUGGCCUUCAUCAGCGUGACCAUCAUGGCGCUGAUCCCGGUCUACGACCGCGUGGUGGUCCCGCUGGCGCGGCGGUACACCGGCAGGCCGUCGGGGAUCACGAUGCUGCAGCGCAUCGGCGCGGGGAUGCUCCUGUCCGUCGCGUCCACGGUGACCGCGGCGCUCGUCGAGGCGCGCCGGCUCCGGGUCGCGCGGGCCGCCGCCGGCCUGCUGGCCGACACGCCCGGCAAGGCGGCGGCGCAGCAGCAGCUGCCGAUGAGCCUGUGGUGGAUGGUGCCGCAGUACGUGGUGUUCGGCGCCGCCGACGUGUUCGCCAUGGUCGGCCUGCAGGAGUUCUUCUAUGACCAGGUGCCCGACAGGCUGCGCAGCGUCGGGCUGGCGCUGUACAUCAGUGUCUUCGGCGUCGGGAGCUUCGUCAGCAGCGCGCUCGUGUCGGGCAUCCACCGGGCGACGGCGGCCAGGGGCCAGAGCUGGUUCUCGGAUAACAUGAACGGCGGCCACCUCGACUACUUCUACUGGCUGCUCGCCGCGCUCAGCGCCCUCCAGUUCUUCGCCUAUGUCUUCGUUGCGUGGAGGUACAAAUAUAAGGACGCUGGAGCCGAGCACACGUGACGUGACAUCGUAGUAGGAUCUAUCAGAUGUAUGCCGUUGCACAGCGACAUCAAACAGAGGGAUAGCUAGGAGAGGUAUAUAUAGGCUACACGCACAUUAAUUCUGUGUACAGUCCUGUAUCUAUAAAUUAGCCACAGUCUCACGUGUGUCUGCCCA